AUGGGUUCUUCUGAGGAUCAAACCGGCGUCGCGUCCUCCCUCCGCUUCAUACCGCUCUCCUACUACCAGGCAGACUCCCAUGCAUCUGCCCUCCGCUUAAUCCUCACCAUCAACCCACACUGGGAGGGCCCCGAUAACCACAUUGACUUUGUGCGAUUCACAGACGGAAUCACGAACACUCUUCUCAAAAUCAUCAACCGCAAACCCGGCUUGACCCAAGAACAGAUAGACAAUGAGGCUGUACUGAUGAGGGCGUAUGGAAAUGGCACUGAGAUCCUCAUAGACCGCGAAAGAGAAACCAAAUCCCACGCUCUGCUGGCCAGUCGCGGCCUCGCGCCGCCUCUGCUCGCUCGGUUCAACAACGGUCUGCUCUACCGGUUCAUUCGCGGCACGCCCUGUGGCCAUGAGGAUCUGGUCAAGCCAAGCAUCUUCCGCGGUGUGGCGCAGAAGCUGGCGCAGUGGCAUGCCGUGCUACCCAGCGAUCCCACUGCAUCCAGCGACACUCCUGCUGUCGCACAGGAAGCCACAGAUAAGCAGGCUGGUGACUUGCCGCUGGUCCAACUCCGACGCCCUGGUCCCUCUAUGUGGCGGGUCCUCCAGAAAUGGAUCCUUGCGUUGCCGGUGGAUACGCCGGAGCAGCGCGAUCGUCGGGUCAACCUGCAGAAGGAAUUGCAGUUCGUGGUCAGUCGACUGGAUGACGGGAAGGGAAUCGGGGAAGACGGCAUGGUAUUCUCUCACUGCGACCUUCUCUGCGCCAAUGUUAUUGUCCUCCCGAACGACAGCGGCUCCCCACCAGCAGAAGAUGAUAAGACUCCGGUCAACUUUAUCGACUACGAGUAUGCCGUUCCAGCGCCGGCUGCUUUUGAUAUCGCCAACCACCUGGCCGAGUGGAUUGGCUACGACUGCGACUACAACAUGAUCCCCACUAAAUCGGUGCGCCGUGAAUUUUUGACCGAAUAUACCAAGAGCUACUGCCAGCACCGCGGCCUCGGCGCAUCAUCUCAGCCUGAGAUCCUGGAACGGCUGUAUGAAGACGUCGAUCGUUUCCGUGGCAUCCCCGGCUUCUACUGGGGUGUCUGGGCAUUUAUCCAAGCCCAGAUCUCACAGAUUGACUUCGACUACGCCAGCUACGCCGAGUCCCGUCUCGGCGAAUACUACGCCUGGAAGCGGGAGAUCGACGGAAGCCGCCACAGAGCCGGUGAGGAGAUGCCGCUGCGUGAAAAGCGCUGGGCCCAAGAGGCGUAG